AUGGCAUCCAGUGCCCAGUCUGGUGCCCAGCUGUUUGCCCGGCCCAGUUCUCAGUCUGAUGCCCUGCUCGGUGCCCGGCUGUUUGCCCUGCUCGAUGCCCUGCCCGGUGUCCUGCUCCGUGCCCGGCUGUUUGCCCUGCUCGGUUCCCUGCUCGGCGCCCGGCUGUUUGCCCUGCUCGAUGCCCUGCUCUGGUGCCCUGCUCCGUUCCCUGCUCGGUGCCCGGCUCGGUGCCCGGCCGGCCUCUCCCUCCCGCCGCCCCCGGCCGAGCGGCUCCGCGGCCGGCGCGGUCCAGGCCGGCUCUUCGGGGCAGCGCGGCGCGGGCGGCGCCAGGCGGGUGCGCGGUGCCACCGGCGGGUCCCCGGGCCGCCGCCGCCCGACAUUGGCUGGAAACUGGAGCAGCGCGGCGGGGACGGUCGAUGCCGAUCGAUCGCGGCGCGGGCGGCACCGCACGGCGCGGCCCCGGCGCGGCACCGCACGGCACCGGCACCCCGGUGUGCCCGCUCCCCCCGAGCCCGGCACCGGGCAGGGGGGGAAGGCAGGAGCCGGUCCCGGGGGUGUGCUGCCAGCGCCGGGAGGACCCGCCUGGGGGGGCGCGGGACUCCGGGAGUUUUACCGGGUGAUGCUGCCCAGUCCCCGUGUCCUUGUGAGCCGGUGGGACGGGGACAGGCGGCGUCAGCCCCGUACCCCAACCCGGGGCCACCCCUUCGCCCACCCCGGUGCUUCCUCCUCCUGCUGAAGGGAGCAGCUGGGACGUGUCACUUGCGGUCUCUCCCCGCAAGUUCUGGAGCUGCAUCUGUCCUUCCCACCGGCCCCGCUCCACGGCCAGCUCGGUGCAGUUGUCCCCACGGCCAGCGCUGGAUUUCCAGGGCCGGGGACGCGGUGCUGGGUGCGCAGCAGCGGCGGACACGGCAGCGGCAUCUCGCCUGCCUGGGGCUGGGGAACACGGCGGGAUCCUGCGCUGUGGAUGACCGGCCCCGAUGCUGGAGCAGCGAGAGCCACUUUUUCCGAGAGCGCCGUUAAUUAAUGGCAGAAGGAGCUGACGGGGCGGCUCGGGGGCGCUCAGGAGGGGGUUUAGCCCGGCAGUUCUGCAGGGAUACCCCUGCCCAGAGCCGGCAGUUCUGCAGGGAUACCCCUGCCCAGAGCCGGCAGUUCUGCAGGGAUAUUCCCUGCCCAGAGCCGGCAGUUCUGCAAGGGUACCCCUGCCCAGAGCCGGCAGUUCUGCAGGGAUAUUCCCUGCCCAGAGCCGGCAGUUCUGCAGGGGUACCCCUGCCCAGAGCCGGCAGUUCUGCAGGGAUAUUCCCUGCCCAGAGCCGGCAGUUCUGCAGGGAUAUUCCCUGCCCAGAGCCGGCAGCCCCGGCCGCUGCCGCGUCUGAAGUCGCUGGGUGAGGGCGGCACCAAAGUUUCACCGGGUUUUGCUCUUGUUUGGCAGUGAUUUCAAUAAUAAAGCUGGAGGAUCCUGUGGCAGCAGGAACCCC